UGGGUGGGAGGACCUGGCGCCUCCCCCGCCUUGCUUCUGGCCUCUGCAGUCAGACCCCCGGGGUGAAAAAAGUAAUUCCUUUCGGGUCUCCAGUCUGCAGCAGUGCCCCUGCAUUAACGCUCCCUUGUGCUGCAGCUACAGAAGCCAAGAUCACCCCAGCGCCUAAGGUGCAGGCAGAGGAGCCGCCGCGCUCUGCGGACCUGGCUGGAGGGUGCGUGCAGACUCUCCAGGCCGCGACUCGGCGCGUCCUUCCCCGUAGUUCUCCCCACCCCCUCGCCCAAGCCCGCAUCUCCCGGAUCCCCCGCCCUCUCCUCGCUCUGCGCCCCCUCCCUUGCUGCGGGCUGACCGCUCCACACCGCAGCAGCGCCUCGCGUCUGGACAGCUUGCGGGAGGCACACACGCCUACGCCAACUCCGCCAGACCGCACCCCUGCCCAGCAUGUCCGCGCUCGAGUGGUACGCCCACAAGUCCCUGGGCGACGGCAUCUUUUGGAUUCAGGAACGCUUCUAUGAGUCGGGAAACCGCGCCAACAUCUGGCUGGUGCGUGGCUCCGAGCAGGAUGUGGUGAUCGAUACGGGCCUGGGGCUGCGCAGCCUCCCGGAGUACCUGUACUCCUCUGGCCUCUUGCAGGAUCACGGGGCCAAAGAGAACGCGGCGUGCCGGCCGCUGCUGGCGGUGGCCACACACGUGCACUUCGACCACUCCGGCGGCCUCUACCAGUUUGACCGGGUGGCCGUGCAUCACGCCGAGGCCGAGGCGCUGGCUCGCGGGGACAACUUUGAGACCGUGACCUGGCUGUCCGACAGUGAGGUGGUGCGGGCGCCCAGCCCGGGCUGGAGAGCCAGGCAGUUCCGAGUGCAGGCGGUGCAGCCCACCCUCAUCCUGCAGGAUGGGGAUGUAAUCAACCUUGGUGACAGACAGCUCACUGUUAUGCACAUGCCUGGUCACUCCAGGGGCAGUAUUUGCUUACAUGACAAAGACCGAAAGAUUCUCUUCAGUGGAGACGUCGUGUAUGAUGGAUCACUGAUUGACUGGCUCCCGUACAGCAGGAUAAGUGACUAUGUUGGAACCUGUGAACGUCUGAUAGAAUUAGUGGACAGAGGUCUGGUAGAGAAGGUGCUUCCUGGGCACUUCAAUACCUUUGGUGCUGAAAGGCUUUUUCGAUUGGCUUCUAACUAUAUUUCAAAAGCUGGGAUAUGUCACAAAGUUUCUACUUUUGCCAUGAGAUCUCUUGCAAGUUUAGCCUUACGUGUAACAAAUUCUAGGACCUCACCCUAGUAUCUAUACUGAUAACCUAUUUUGAUUAAUUCUGUAAAUUAAUCCAAUUCAUUUUGUGUUGUUUAAAAUGAGUAAUAGUACGCAUUUAAGAAGUGCUUUAUCAGAGAAAAAAAAGAUUGAGAAUGAGUAAGCCAAAAAAGGAAGCUCUUCAUUAAAAUUUUUCUUUCUUCCAAAUGAGAAAUAAAUUAAACAAGCUUAUAAUUUGCUAAGCUGUCAUCUUGUAAUAUUUGUCAUCUUGUAAUAUCCAGACACAACAUAGAAAUAUAUGGGGAAGUAAGGAGGCAUUUUACAGUAACAGAAAGAACUGUCCUUACCUCCCAUUUGUCUUAUUUUAUUUCCUAGAUGACCUAGAAAAAGAGGCAUAAAGUUUUAUGUUUAUAUUCCGAACUUGAUAUUUUAAUAUAUUAUUUAAAAAUAAAGAUUCUUGAGUUUAAAAUACAUUAUAACUUAGUACAAACAUAUAAAUUAAUAUUUAGAAGGACAGCUAAAACAAUCCAUUAUUAUGGCACAGAGUUUUUAUGCUUCAUUUAUUUAUUCUUAAUGUAAUGAUAGCGUACAUUAUAUGCUGUGUAAUUUUACUUACAAAGAGUACAAUGAUUUUUGUUUUCUUGCAAAGCUUUAAAUAUAAAUUGCAGAGUGCUUCAGUAAAAAGCUCCCACACGGUGUUGUUUGUUAUUAUGUGUGUGUAAUAUUUUCAAUCAUAAAAAUGAAAUUCAAAUGUCUGUAAUAUAAUUACAAAUUGUCAGAUUUCUCAAAAGGACACUGUCAGGGAAAUUUGAAAAUAUACACAUUGAAAAUAAUUUUUUAUUAUAUCCUAUUUUAAUAUUAACAGCUAUUAUAAACAAAAUUUUUCUUGUUAAAUAGCAGCUUCAGUAUAUGUGUCAUAUUUUAUAAUAUCAGAACAACUAUAGAGAUCUACGACAUUCUGAUAUAAAUCAUUCUUUUACUUAUCAUAACAUACAUAUGUACCACGGAAGGCUUUUCAAAUUAAUUGCAAAAUGUGCUUUAGAUAUUGACUUAGAGUGAAUUGCCUUUUUUAUCCUGAUUCACAACACCUAUUCCUGUUCAGUAUUCUUUGUCUUGAAUUAAAAGAACUCUACAUUUAUAUAGUUAUAGGAAAGGUUAACCCACUAUUUAGUAAAAUGUUUUAGUUUGGUGCUCUUUAUAAUUUAUUAAAAAGCCUUUUGGAAUAUUUCAUAAAGGUUUUUUAAGCAGUUUUCUCACUGCCUUUUUAUUGUUGACAUGUCCAAAACCAAACUGAGAUAGCUUUGGAAACCAGAUUUUUUAGUAUUAAGAAAGUUUAGCAAUUUUGAUUUCUGAAAAAUUAUCAAAAUUUUCCACUCUUCACCCACCCAGGUUUUUUUAGUCUUUUUUAAAUUCAACACACACAGUCACAUACAUACAUGCACAGUAUUGUGCUAAACACUGUGGAAGCUUAAAAAGUCAAACAGACUACAUCUUAGCUGGAAGACAAAUAGAACAUGAAUAGUAAUAUAUGUAGAUUGAAGCUAAUACAAAUUAUACAUGAGUAUCAGGGACAUAAAUGGAAGGGUGUGGAGUUUGGUUAGGAAGAGAUUCCUGGAGGAGGGGUUUUUCAGUCAGAUUUGGAAAGAUGACUUGUUAGGUGGUCAGGGUAGGGGACAAAAAGAUUCAAGAACAGAGAUGGAAGCAUUGCUGUCCUAAGUAGGGUAUUCCUUGUGUCCAUUUAAAUUCAAUUUUCAGGAAUCUUAGAUCUUCCAAACAUCAAGUACUUAGCAUGAGACAGGUGGGUUUGUGAUUGUGUAUAUAAGAAUCAUCCUCAGUAAUAGACAAGCUGUGUGCCACGUGCCAUCGAAGGGAUCUACUCAUAUAAGACAGUAGUUUUCAGCUGAUAGUGCAGCAUCAAGAAUAUAGAUUUGGUUCAGGGCAACUACAAUCACUUAAUGAGCCUUAAAUAUAGCCAUUAUUUUUAUAUCAGUAGCACAAAAGAAAACCAAAAGUCCUUAACCAUUGACCAUUUUAUCAUAUUUUAGGACUUAAAAAAA